AUGUGGAUAAAUGUGAACAUCGCCAGUGGACUAAACAUCUCGUCCCGAAUCCAACACACGUUGAUGUACGCACGAACCCUAGCAACGUCAACGUCGCGAUCAGCACUCAGAAAUGCACCCUCGUUAGAAGAAUUCAUGUUCCAACGCAAAGUCAAGGGCAUCUACAGAUUGGUCUUGCGGCAAAUUUACAAGCAUCACGAACGAGAUGACUUGGUGCGAUUUAUCCGCGAUGAGUUCAAAACUAACUCUACCCAGAGAGAUUUACAACAUCGCAAGUAUCUUUUGUCUCAGGGUAUAAACCAGAUUAAUCAAAUGAGCGCAAGUUUGGGGUUGAAUGUUCGUGUAUGA